AUGAAUGGAAACAUCACAUUGAUCUUCCUUGGUGCAAAGUCCACUGCCAACACACUUGGCACGGGAGUAGGAAUCUAUGUGCCAACUGGUGGAUUCGCAAGCAUUCAUGGCAAGCAAUACACUAUUAUCACCUCCUUUGAUGAGAUCACUUCUUUGAGCUCAAUUCUGUGA